AUGGGCAUCAAGAACAUGUGUAAAUUAGCUGGAAAGUCAGGGAAAAUGAUCGAGCAUUAUAGUAAAUUUACUCCGGUUUCGUUGAGUUUGAAAAACCUUUUAUCAUUUGGUGAAACUGCGCCGGCCUCUAAGUCCUUCGAUUUUCUGAAAUAUGAACUCCCAGUUCGGCUAGGGAACAUUAUGCAGGAGAUCCAUCUCCUGCCCGAUAUCCUAAGAAAGUCAAAAUCUGUCCAACAGAUAUGUCUAUUGUAUGAGGAGACAUUCAAUAGCCUUAUCAAGUAUGAAGAAUGCUCGACAAAAUCGCCUUCUACUUUAUCCAGAUUUACAGAUGAUAUUGACCUUAUCUUACAGAAGCAUUCGAGCGUAGUUGAAAUAAUGGCAUUGGGUAUCAAAGAAAUCCAAAGUAAUGAAUCGUGGUCCGAGUCACAAGAGUUGCAACUACAGUAUUUUCUGGAUCGGUUUUACGUGAGUAGAAUUGGUAUCCGAACUUUACUUAAUCAGCACUUCAAGCUAUAUGGACCCACAUUCUGCAACGUACAAUCUCACAUUGGGGGUAUCGACCCGGAUUGUAGCCCAGUUCAAAUCGCAGUAAAUGCAUACAAUUAUUCCAGACCACUGUGUAUACAGGCGUAUGGUCGUGCGCCGGGUUGUGACAUUGAAAUCCACGAUUGUGUAAAUAAAGAGCGUGCAUCUGGUAGUUUCAACAAAAUUGAUUUUUGUGUGGAUGCAGCUGGUCAUGCGUCGACCAAAUCUUAUCUUUUGGACAACCAAAGGAACUGUGCGGAUUUGUCUGUGAAGGGGAAAGACAUAACAUUUUGUUAUAUACCUGGUCAUUUGUUUUAUAUAUUGUAUGAAUUGUUGAAAAAUUCGAUGAGAGCUGUUACUGAGAACCAUACUAAUGAUGCUCACUUGCCAAGAAUACACAUUCUUAUAUGCAACGGACCUGAAGAUAUCGUUAUUAAGAUUACAGAUUUUGGUGGAGGAAUGGCUUUAAAUAUGGUCGAAAAAACGUUUCGAUACAAUUAUACUACAGCUGUUCAUUCUGCAAAUCUACAUCCUACUGUACUAAAUUUUGGGAAUAACUAUUCAACAAUUCAAUCAGCCAAUCAGGUUACAGUAAAUGAUCGAAUGACAUGUGAAGUUGAACCAGAACGUAAUGCCUGUUUAUCUAUUGCUGGAAGAGGACAUGGUUUACCAUUAAGUAGACUGUAUGCUAGAUAUUUAGGUGGUAAUUUAAAAUUGCAUUCUAUUGAAGGUGUAGGUACAUCAGUAUUGAUUUACUUAAAAAGACAGUCACAAGAUGCUUAUGAAUUGAUUCCACUAUUUAAUCACACAUCAAAAUCUUUUUAUGAAAAUAGUAUACAACAACGUGAUUGGGUUUCUAAUUCUCAGAGAACUUUACUUGAACCAUCUACAACACCUUAA